CUGAAAUAUCUCCCCAAAAGCGACACAUGCGCUCUCUAUUCUUUGGCCUUUUACGAAUUAUACAAGGGACAUAGAGAGAGAGAAAGAGAGAGAGGUAUGGAGCGAAGAGAGGAUGUCGAGAAAACGUUUUCGUGUAUGUCGCGCGUGUGAUAUCGGUUGGUUGGCAAAGUGAAUCUUUUGCUAGUUAGUCUGUUGCUAGGUGCCGAACAAAGCGGUUGAGUCUGGGGGGAAUUGACAUUCUGGGUCAGCUAUAAUAGUGGUAUUUUUUGCUAGUAAAAAAAAAGUGCAAUUUAAUCAUUUAACCCCACUGGAGAUCUUUUGUUCACUGAUUGAAAAGAAGUUUCUCUGAGAGAGUGGUGGUAAAUAGAUAGUAUAUACGAGAGGCUGCGGUAUUCCAAAGCCCUCUGAGAUCAAAAAGGGACGCCCAGUAGCAACGCAAGAACUGAAAAGAAAAGUGAGGUUAGAUUGUCGUGAAAUUUAGCAUUCCAAAUUGAAUUUUUCACGAUUUUUACAUCUGAAAAUUCUUCAAUUAAGUUCACAGUUGAUCGUGGAUAUAUAAAAGAGUGGUUAAGUCAUAUUUCUGUGUGAUUAUAUUGCCUUUGAGAGAAUUGAUCACAGUGCGUGGUGAUUCAAUUGCAACUCCCAUUACUCAACUCUAAAAAUUGUGAAGCAUUUUUGUGCGAGAUAAGACGCUUUUUGGUGGAAUAUUCGCUAAAGAGAAUUGUGUGGUUUAUAUAAAAAUUAUAAAAAUGCCAAUAUUCCUAGCCUGAAAUAUCAGGCGGAGUUUUUUUAUUGGCUUGGUAAUAUUUUACUUGGUGGGCUAUAAAUACACCGUUAAAAAAAGGACAGAAAUACAGUAAGAAACGCAGCCGCAGUUACAAAUACUAGAGACACCACGUGCCUGAGAAAGGAACCUUGGUUUUUUUCUUCUUGGCGCCAAAAAAAUAAAAAUCAGGAAUAAAGUGGAAAAAUUUGUGUAUAAGAAAAUUCUGAGAAUAGUUUGUUGACUCUGUUUUGCGGAAAGAUCAUUGAAUGAGUGAUAUCAUUGGUGUGGAGCAGAGUACGAUAAAAAUGUCUCUCGAACAAGGACCAAAUAUCUCCCUUGGUGGAGAUCUUGUAGAGGAUUUUUACAUCUUCCUGAAGGAUUUUCUCGAUAGGUAUCUGGACAUUGGCGAGGAUCUCAAUGUGCCAGAUGACUUUACACAGAGUGAAAUGCAAACGGGGAUGUGGUGGAGACAUUUGGCAGCUGGUGGAAUUGCAGGAGCAGUUUCGAGAACAUGCACAGCACCACUUGACAGAUUAAAAGUUUUUCUACAGGUGCAAUCGUCAAAGCAAAGAAUCUCAGAAUGUCUCAAAUACAUGCUCAAGGAAGGUGGUGUGGGAAGUCUUUGGCGUGGCAAUGGGAUAAAUGUCCUUAAGAUUGCUCCAGAAAGCGCAAUAAAGUUUGCAGCAUAUGAAAAGGUCAAGCGACUAAUUCGGGGAAAUGAGAAGAGACAGAUGAGCAUCUAUGAGAGAUUUGUGGCAGGAGCGUGUGCUGGUGGUGUAAGUCAGACUGCGAUAUAUCCAUUGGAGGUGCUUAAAACACGUCUUGCAUUGCGCAAAACUGGCCAGUAUUCGGGAAUUUUGGAUGCAGCAAAGAAAAUUUAUGUAACAGAGGGCAUCAGAAGCUUCUAUCGUGGUUACAUUCCAAAUAUGCUGGGUAUUAUUCCAUAUGCUGGAAUUGAUUUAGCAGUAUAUGAAACACUUAAAAAGAAAUAUCUCAGUACGCAAGAGAACAAGCAACCUGGACUCUUGCUACUUUUGGCAUGUGGAAGUGCUUCAAGUACACUUGGUCAAGUUUGUUCAUACCCUCUGGCCCUUGUGAGAACCAGAUUGCAAGCACAAGUGAUCGCAGCUGGAAAGUCAGGCCAGACAUUGAGUGAGCAACAGCAGACGAGCAUGGUGGGUCUGUUUAGGCAUAUUCUGAAAUCAGAGGGUGUCCUUGGACUCUAUCGUGGAAUAACGCCAAACUUUAUCAAAGUCUUGCCGGCUGUUUCAAUCAGUUACGUGGUUUAUGAGUACUCGAGCCGAGCCCUUGGGGUCAAUAUGACGUGAUGCAGAUGCUCUCUAGACACUAUAGCCCACUUUUCAAUUGAAAUAUACUUCUAAGUUUUAGGCGAAUGUUUUCAAUCACUAUGAUCCUUCCUUAGGGAUCUCAAUACAAGAGAAAAAAAGUCUCCAUCCAAAACAAACAAAACAAAACAAGAGUGAAACGAAGAAUAGAAAAGAUUAUUCUUUCUUAAAUGGUAUCGAUCUCGAGCAAGGAUCAACAAAAUACUAUGAAAAUGAAAUAACUUAACUAAUUUAUAGUGAAUGAAGUAACAUUUAGAGAAACUUAGUUGAUUAGAUGAAACAAUUAUACAACAAGAAGAAAUAAAAAAAACUAGACAAUUUAAAUCAAACUCACAAGAUCUCGUAACAAAGAAUGAUUUUUUUUUAUUUACAAAAAAAAAAGAACUAUCAAGACUCCUGGAACCAUCUUAAUGUAUUUUGUUACCUUCUUGAUAUUUUUUGUUUCUUCGUAUGGAGAAAAAAAGGUAUAAAUGUAAGGUUGAUGAAAAAGACAGAAAAAUCAGCACAAGACAGUAAAAAUGUUAACAAAAAGAUAAAGAAUUUAGUGUUUGGUUGCCGUGCAAGAAAAGUAGAUUGGAUAACAAGAGUAUAAGAGACAGUCUUGAACUUUGGCAUUGCAUUUUGUAUCUUUGUGAGUUAAUUUUUAUCAAUUAAUUUAACGAACGCAAGUAUAAUUAUUUAUUUAUUUAAAAAUAGGAAAACAAAUGAGCAAAUUUAGUGGAGAGGGAAAAUCAUUCAUUACUACUUUCCUAUAUAGAAAUUUUUUUUAUGUUGAAAUUGGCAUUCAAUCUUAUUUUUAAGCAACAAAAAUUAAUGUCCUUAGAUAUUUUUCAAUUUUUUUUUUCUUUUCAAUAGAUAAUAAAAAUUCUGUGAUGUUAUAUUUAAAGAAAAAAAAAUGGAAAUGAGAUGAUAUGAAAAAAAGGGAAAUGAGAGAAAAUUCCGUACGAUUCUUUAUAUAAGUUUUGACGAAAAUACUGAUAGUAUAGGGGAGGUUUAACUAUUUAAAAAGAAAAAUUCAAACAUUGAUAAUUUUGUUUUAGGUAGGCCUAUAAACAAUUGCAAGAUUUAAAAGGAAAACAAAAAUAAUAUUCUAUGAAUGUACCAUUUUUUAUAAAUUUAAAACAAAAAAUUUAAAGUCUUUACCUCUGGUUGUUGAAUAAAAAAAAUGAAAGAUUAUUAGAAAUUAUUGGCAUCACUCUUCAAAGAAAAAAAAAUUAUAAAUAAUAAAGCUUCACGACAAAAUUUCUUAUGAUGACUAUACAAAAAAAAAUAAAUCAAUUUGCUUCAUAAUGUUAUACAAAAUACUAAAUCAUCGUCGAGAUUCAUCUAAUAUUGAAAAUAAAUUCUCUUCGUUGUGUUGAUUGAUACUGUAUUUAAGAAUUUUUUCUCAAAUAAAGUGAUUUUGCCAAAAGAAUUAAA